AUGGCGGUGCCGCUGCUGACGCAGAAGAUCGUGAAGAAGCGGGUCAAGCAGUUCAAGAGGCCCCAUAUCGACCGCUACAAGUGCCUCAAGCCAAGCUGGCGCAGGCCCAAGGGUAUCGACUCCCGCGUCAGGCGGAAGUUCAAGGGAUGCACCUUGAUGCCCAACAUUGGAUAUGGCUCUGACAAGAAGACCAGGCACUACCUUCCCAACAAGUUCAGGAAGUUCGUUGUUCACAAUGUCUCUGAGCUGGAGCUGCUGAUGAUGUACAACAGGACUUACUGCGCUGAGAUUGCCCACAACGUGUCCACCCGCAAGCGCAAGGAGAUUGUUGAGCGUGCUGCGCAACUGGAUAUCGUGGUCACCAACAAGCUUGCCAGGCUCCGCAGCCAGGAGGACGAGUGA